UCUGUGUGAUCUAAUCCAGUUUGUUUUGUCCAAGUAAAGUGAUGAUGUUAUAUAUAUUGACUUGCAGGCUUUGGUAGCAAAUUGCAGGUUUUGAUUGAUGCGGAGGAGAGAGAGCGACAUGAUCGAAAGCCGGAGAAACAGAGUGAAGAGAAGUUGUAGAAACAACCACGAAGGGCUCUUAAUGAUGAGAGUGAUACAGAUGUUCCAUUAUUGAGGAAGUUUAACAAGAAGUCGUCAAAGCAGAUGAAAGAGAAGGAGAUGAAUGCAGAGCUUACAAUUUAUUAUUUGUUUUUAUAAAUUAUUUAUCAUUUACAAUCUCAGAGUAUGUGAUUGAAUAUUUUAGUAGACAGUGUCAACAGUGUUUAAAAAUUAUAAUUAAUGCUGUGAGUUGUCCAUCUUCCACCACCGGCAUCCUCUUCUGAUUUACAAUUUGCAAACAACCGACUGGUACUGCUUCCACCGGACUAGGCAAUAGAAAUCUACAGGUUUUUAAAAACAUGACAAGGAAUCUCCUCUUGGGAAGAUUGCUGCUCCCCUGCCUAUAUGUCUGCCAACUGAGGAGUGGGAUGUGGGUGACGAUGGUGAUGACGGUGAGGAUGAGGAGUAGCAGACAGAAGAUGAGGAGAAGCAGACAGAAGGUAAUCUGAAAGAGAAAAUAUCAACAGCUAUUGGUAAGAAGAGGUGUCUUCUAAUCUUGGAUGGUGUUUCUAAGGAUAUGAUAGUAGAUGCAAUUGUAUCAGAAUUUGAAUCCUUGGUUCCUGAUUUUAAGCAGCCUUCAUUUAAAGUCUUGGUGACCACAAUAGAUUACUCUGGAAAUCCUAAUGAUCCUUACGUGAAGGUGUUGGAGAUUGGACCCUUGUCUACUUCGGAGACCUUCACUCUUUUGCAACAAAAGUCAGAGAUCAAAAUUUUAAGCUACCAUUUGAAGAUAUCUAUACGGAAAGUGAGGGUGCUCCUGCUAAAGUUGAGGCUAUUGCAGAAGCACUAAAUUGCAUUACAGAACACAAACAUCGGGAUUGGAGAGGAGAGUUUAUAGUAGAUUCAACAGUUACUGAUGCUUCCAGCAUUAUGCCCUGCUUUCUCUGAAUUGCCCAUGCAAUUCUGCCAACCAAUGAUCUGAUUCGUUGUUUCUGGCACAGCUGGCAGUACAUUCACCUGAAUGGUCCUGUUAAUUUCACUCAAUUGAUAGCCCAUUGGAUUAUGGAGGGUUGUCUUGGUCGUAUUGAUUGUGUUGAGGAUGCUUUUAACAAGGGUUACUCUGUUGUCAUGGAGCUUAUAAGUCUAGGCUUUCUCCGACAUGUGGACUCCAACUGUGUCGUAAUGGUAGGAUGUGCAAUGAAAGUGCCUUAUUGGCGGAUUAGAGAUGAAAAAGAUUCUGUGAUUUACCGCAAGAACGAAGAUGGAGGACAUUAUUCAGGUAGGGAUUCCCAAAGAUUUAUAUAUACAGAGAGCUGUUUAAUGAUUCCUACUUUGAAGGAAAAAAUAUGGGAAGGAUUUGGGGACACUGCACUGAUUGAUGGUGUGAUAAGAACAGCUGGACAUAGGAGCAAAUCAGAGAAAAUCUCAACAUUAUUACUUGAUGGUAAUUAUCCAGGCAAGGAAGUCCAGGAUGCAUUUUUUCAUAGUCUGAAUGGUCUCAAUUUUCUUGGCAUCUUCAAUCCCAUGCUCAAAUCUCUACCAGCAUCUUUUUCACACAUGCAAGAGCUUACAAUGCUUAUCUUAAGGGGCUGUGAGUUUCUGCAGGAGAUUGAUCAGAUAAAAGAGCUCAGAUCAUUAGUUAUUCUCGAGAUAUCUGGUGCUACAUCAUUGACGACAAUUCCAGAUGAUUUAUUGCAGCAAAUGCUUCAUCUCCAAAGGCUCAACUUCUCUGAAGCACGGGUUGAAAUGUUACCUAUUUCUAUUUCCAAUUUAACUGAAUUAUGUUGGCUUAUCUUGAGAGGGUGUAGCCACCUGAAAAUGUUUCCAUGACUAAGUGCCUUGAAAAAGCUUGAGGUUAUUGACCUUAAUGGUGCUUCAUGUUUUGAAAGAUUCUAUGAGGCAACCUUUUCUCAGUUCCCAAAACUCAGGAUCCUUGAUGUUUCUCAUUCGCAGAUUGAUCGCCUACCAAUUCUAUCUGGUCUCGAAGAGCUAACACUGCUUGGAAUGAGAAAUUGUAAAUCCUUAACUAGACUUCCAAGGCUAAAAGGUCUUUCUGAUCUCCAAGUUCUUGAUCUUUCUGGUGCUAUCUGUUUAAAGGAGAUCUAUGAUGGCAUUUCACCUAGUCUUAAAGUUCUUGAUUUAUCUGAAACUGACUUGCAUGCCUUCCCUUCUAUCACUUGUAACCUUUCUCAUAUUUUGCUAAGAAAUUGUACUGCACUGACGAAGCUGCCAGUAUCUUGUAAAGACCUUGAAUUACUUGAUGUCUCUGGUUCCUCUAAUGUACUUGAAAUUGAAGAUCAAUCCUUUCAACAUUUGUGGUGCCUUCAUUGCCUAAACCUCUCAGAUACCAAACUAUGCUCUUUACCAUCUCUCUCCCACCUUCUUAACCUUCGUACUAUCAUUUUAAGGGAUUGUGAAUUCUUAGAGCGUCUUCCAGAAAUGGAAGGACUUCCGAGGCUCGAGGUACUUGACCUCACUAAUGCACGUUCUCUGACAGGCUUUGAUUACAGCGAGUUCCCAAACAUGCGCCAGCUUAUCCUAUGUGGUUGUUCCUCCCUUACUAUGUUGCUAGCUUUCGCUGAAAGUCUUGAAGUGAUUGAUCUUUCAGGUGGCACUAAUUUGUCAUUUCAUAGUUAUCGUAACUUUAAUUUCGUGCAUUUGCCUCGAUUUCAGAUACUCAAGACUUUUUGGAAUUUCGGAUUUUUACCUUUCCCAUCAUAAGGCCUCUAUCAAAUCUUGAGGAGCUAAAUAUUUCUAAUUUUAGAUAUCUUCCUAGAAAAGAUUCUUUCCUGAGUGAUUUACUUAGUGCUAUGAGGAACCUUCAGAUUCUCAACUUGUCUAAAACUCCCAUUUACGUAGAUGUCUUCUUCCUAAGUAACUUAACCCAGUUGUCAUUGAGAGGCUGGUCAGGCAUGGAAGAUGCAUCAGGCUUGGAAAAGCUUGCAAGGCUUGAAGUUCUUGAUCUUUCUGAAACAGCAGUCACAUGCCUGCCUUCCCUGAAGUUUUUAUGCAACCUCCGCCAGCUUUUGCUAAGAGAUUGUUGGGGCCUGAAGAAGCUGCAACAUUUGAAAUCACUUAGUCGCUUGGAGGUUCUUGAUCUUUGGGGUACUGGGAUAAAAGAAUUUCUCUAUGAGAUCUCAGAGUUGUCUUGCCUUAAACGCCUUCAUCUUCCCCUCUUGAAGGAUACUGAAGAACUUGAUUGGAGGAGGAUAAAGCACCUUCCAGAGGAACUAAAUUGGGUUGAUUGUGGCAUCUUUGGGGCAGAAAAAGUGUUUCCAUUGAGUGUAAAUAAUCUCCACAUAAUGGUUCGUGGCAGCAAGUUUUUUGAUUUUUUGGACGAAAAUCCCAUGUUAUGGGAUACAUAUUUCAAGCAAUUUCAUUUUUCUGUUUCACCUCCAAGAAAGCAUGAUGAACAUGGAGAUUUCUUUAGCCACAGAGAUGAAAGCAAAUUUAGAGAUAUCUACACAAGAACCAGAUGUUUUCCUUGUUACUCGGAAAUCCACAGCCAGUCUCUGGAAAUUUGGUCUUGCAGUCCUUUCCUCGGUCUGGAGUGUGUUCUCAGGCAUGCUCAAUAUAUAUGUUUGCACGAUAAUGCAAAUAUCAGUUGCUUAUCUGAAUUAGGU